UUUUUUCUAUUUUACUACAUAUUCAUUCGGCUGGUGCAAAUCACAAAAUUUUUUGUGGUCGUCGUGGUCAUUGUGUUCCUUCAUCUCGCUAGCAAAAUUAAUAACUAAUAUGGCACCUCCAUCAUAUCCAGAUCUUGGCAAACAAGCCCGCGAUGUUUUCAGCAAGGGUUACCAUUUUGGUCUGUGGAAGUUGGAUUGCAAAACCAAGACUCCAUCCGGUAUUGAAUUCAACACAGCCGGUCACUCCAACCAGGAAUCUGGUAAAGUGUUUGGCUCAUUGGAAACAAAAUACAAGGUUAAGGAUUACGGUUUAAGCUUAACCGAGAAAUGGAACACAGACAACACGUUGUUCACCGAGGUGUCUGUGCAAGACAAGUUGUUGGAGGGUUUGAAACUUGCAUUCGAAGCUACUUUCGCUCCACAAUCUGGUAACAAAACCGGAAAGUUCAAGGCUGCCUAUGGACAUGAAAACGUUAAGGUCGAUUCGGAUGUGAAUGUGGACUUAAAUGGCCCACUAAUCAAUGCUUCGGCUGUAUUAGGUUACGAAGGCUGGUUGGCCGGUUAUAAAACCGCUUUUGAUACUCAAAAUAAUUCAUUGAAAACAAACAACUUUGCCUUGGGAUAUGCUGCCAAGGACUUUGUUCUCCACACAGCUGUCAAUGAUGGCCAAGAGUUUACUGGUUCAAUUUUCCAAAAGUGCACUCCUAAACUCGAUGUUGCCGUUCAAUUAUCAUGGACGUCCGGCGGUAACAACACCAAAUUCGGCCUUGGUGGCAAGUACCUUCUCGACGAUGACAUCAGUGUCCGCGCGAAGGUGAACAACGCAAGCCAAGUUGGCUUGGGCUACCAACAGCGGGUUCGUGAUGGUAUCACAGUCAGUCUCUCCGCUUUGAUUGAUGGCAAAAACUUCAACGCCGGCGGUCACAAGAUUGGUGUUGCUUUGGAGUUAGAAGCUUAAGAAUUUAGGUCAUAACUUCAAAAACAGAAGUAAAUCCAUAAUAUCGUCAUAUAAAAAAUACCAAUUAAAUUAUAACAAAACCCUAACAAGAAAUAAAGAAGACCAAAAUGAAAUGUUUAAUGUUUAGCCAGUAAAAUGCAUUUUAGAAAUGUUAAAUAAACAAGCCGGCUUAUGUUAGCAAUCCGUCACCAUUUUUAAGCCUAAGUUUAUUUCCGUUAGUGGAUAAACUGCUAUCACUGUCGCCCUAAUAAAGUUGAUAAUUAUGUCAUAUUCGUGCAUUUAAAUUAAAA